GCAUCAAUCCAAGAUGGCUGAUGCUGGAAGGAGAGUUCAUUCUAUGGGUCACGCUCACUGUUAGGUCUAAUAAGACAAUUUACUCUCUUUCCAGAUAGAUAUUACCUACAUUAGAAAUUGCAUUAUUGCUCAUAUAUAAGGAUUAUUGUGUUCACAAGCAAGGACUUGCUUAAGAUGGAAAGCCAUCCACAUGACAUCAAAAAUGCAGAUCUGUGCAUCUUCUGAUUUUAGGCCUUCGAUCUUGGAUCUUAAUGGACGGUAGCCCAGGAAAUCUACAAGGGGAUGAUGGUUUAACUGAUGUAGAACCGCCCCUUGACACUGCUGAAGAUGUGAACCAAGAGCAGAUAACUGGCCAAGGGGAUGUAACUCUAUUCCCUGGACAGUCACAACUUAGUGAAUCUCAUAGCCUGGGGCAAGAAACAGAACUUUAUGAAACCGAUCCAACAUAUUUUGGUGAGUCUUUGGCAUCAUCUUACACAGAUGGUUCUCCGACUGACCUCUUUGAAGAAUCUCAACACGCUACAGCUUCAUCAGCUUUGGAAAAUAUAAGUGCUAAUGAGUCGUCUCCACCACCAUCCUUUUACUCACGUCAAUUAGACUCCAGUUCACCUGUACAGAACUUGCCUGCAGUAGACCCUAGUGCUAUUUUGUCUCCUGAACACGCUGGACGAGGUUAUCCCCCCUUUCCAGUUCUACAACCAGUUAAAAGAGGCCCUGGUCGGCCGAGAAAAGAUGGUCAAUCACCAAUACCCAGAAAACGAAGUGGUCGUGGAAGAGUCUUUGGAGCAGGAAGAGGAUCCCGGUCAUUUUCUGCUGAAAGAGCUUCCCGUGCUAGAGGGACUGGUCGCCGUGGUCGGCCUUCCUCUGUUCACAGCCUGAGCUAUCGUCGGGCUCUCCAGUCUCAAGCAUCACAGCUUCAGUACUCUCCUGAGAGGAUUGGACGUCCUUCUUCCACUUUAAUAAGAAAUCUAUCAUCACAGCGAAUGGAUACAUUAGAAGCGGGAGAUGAACCACAACCAGUUGGCUCCUCUCUGCCAGGUGGCGUUGAGGCGAGGUUGUCUGAAGGCGCCGGUACCAGCGCCACCGCAGCAGCAGCCGAGCCUGUGGAACAAGGCCCUGUACAUCUGUGUGCAUUCUGUGGAUGUGGUGAGAAAAGUUUACUGGGACAGGGAGAACUUCACCGUUAUGAGCCAACACCAGGUUUUAACCCUUUUAAGAGAGUGCUAACGAAAGUAAGAAGAGGGGGUCCAGAAUAUGAUGAGAAGGGACGAGAGAAAAGUCCACGGCACCUGACCUGGAGGCGACGGAGAGGUCCUCCCAAAGAAGGAAGAACUAGCCCUACUGACGCCAUGUGUCUUCACAGAGAGAGGAGCCGCUCUCCGCGGCAGUCGUCACUCGAAGAGGAUGGUGUAAUAAGUCAGACAUGUGAUGAGCUUAGUCAGGUGGGACAUUCCGAGGAUGUGGAAGUUAGCCAUGUAUUUGAACCAUCAGGUCAUGUAUGGGCUCAUCACUGUUGCGCUGCUUGGGCUGAGGGUGUGUCUCAAUCGGAAGAUCAGCUUCAGUUUGUUGAUAGGGCUGUGUUCUCUGGACUGUCUCAGAAAUGUGCUUACUGUAGGAGAUACGGGGCAACCAUAAGUUGUCGAAGCCCAAGAUGCCCGAAACGAUUUCACUUUCCAUGUGCGUCUGCUGGGGGAUGUUUUCAGGAAAUGAAAACACGGUCCUUGCUUUGUACGGAACAUCUUGACCAAGCAGAAACUUUAGGGGGCACAGAGUCAUUGUGUGUUCAAUGUGGCACAACAGGCAAUGUUGCUGAACAACUCUUCUGCACAACCUGUGGUCACCAUUACCAUGGUAACUGUCUUUGUCCACCAGUGGAAGUGAAGCCGACAGUCCGGGCCGGCUGGCAGUGCCCCAACUGUAAGAUAUGCCAGACAUGCAGACAUCCAGGAGAUGACUGCAAGAUGCUGGUGUGUGAUCUCUGUGAUAAAGGCUACCACACAUUCUGUCUCAAACCUGCCAUGACCACCAUUCCAAAAAAUGGUUGGAAGUGCAAGAACUGUCGAAUAUGUACAGACUGUGGAGCAAGAACCCCCGGAAAUGGUCCGAGCUCGCGGUGGCAUCUCAACUACUCAGUGUGCGACAGUUGCUACCAGCAGAGGAACAAGGGCCUAUGCUGUCCUCUCUGUGGCAAGGCCUAUCGGCAUUUUGAUAAUAAACAAAUGGUGCAGUGCAAUUCAUGUAAAAAAUACGUCCAUAGCGACUGUGAUCCAUCAAUAGACAAUGCUCUGUUGGCCAAGUUAAAGGACACGGGGCAGACAGAUUACAUCUGUACAGUAUGCAGAGCUCAAGAUGAUACUGAUAUUGACUCCUUUCCCCUCCAACCACCAUUACCAACUGAAGAGUCUCUCGAGGGCUUCCCUUCAAGAGACACUGAUUAUGGCGUGAAGGAUGACCCCUACAUUAACGAAGCGUCCCUGACUGCAGCUAGCUCACAAGAAUCUCUGUAUUAUGAAGACUCAAGCUCCAGCAUGGACGUGGAUAUGGGAAUUCCGGACAAGCAAAUGCCUCCAUUGACAACGUCUUCAGGCCUAGCAUCUUACAUGGCAGCUAAAGCUGAGAUGCUGGAGAGUCAUCGGGGCAAACUUCCAGUGGGCAGGAAGAAAAUAGGAGCUGGAAGACCCAGGACUCGUCCUCUAGUUCCGGAGAAAAGUAGACGGCGACCCCUAGGUAUUGGAGAGAAGAGACGAGGACCGAAAGUCAAAGUAAAACCUGGACAACUAGGAACACUUGGGCCGGUUGCAAGCCGUGUUGAAACGGAUUCCUCGAAGGACGAUAGUGGCGAUGACCACCCAGCUACGAUUGUCCUGACCUCCUCCAAAGAUAACUUUGUGCUAGACCAGGAUAUAUGUAAAAGCUGCGGUUCCUUUGGGAAAGGGGACGAAGGAAGACUUAUUGUAUGUACGCAGUGCGGACAGUGCUAUCAUCCUUAUUGUGCUAAUGUAAAGGUGACCAAAGUAGUUCUACAGAAAGGCUGGCGCUGCCUUGAUUGUACAGUGUGUGAGGGAUGUGGCAGUCCCAAGGAUGAGGGGAGGCUACUCCUGUGUGACGAAUGUGAUAUCAGCUACCACACCUACUGCCUGGACCCACCCCUGGAAACGGUGCCCAAGGGGACCUGGAAGUGUAAAUGGUGUGUGCGGUGUGUGAACUGCGGAAUAACGUCGCCCGGAUUUGCCUGCAGUUGGCAGAACAAUUAUACUCAAUGUGGCCCAUGUGCUAGCAAGCUGGUGUGUCCAGCCUGCAAAAUCCGCUACCGUGAAGAGGAGCUGAUUAUACAGUGUGUGCAGUGUGACAGGUGGCUCCACUCGUCGUGUGAUGGACUCAAGUGUGAGGAGGACGCGGAGAAGGCUGCAGACUAUGGAUAUCAUUGUCUCUUCUGUCGGCCUAAGACCGAUCAUCCUGGACCAUUACCACCUGCCCCGCCCCCUCCACCACCUCCGGAAGAGAAGGAAGUGAAACCACCAACACCACCACCUCCACCAUUGCCCAAAGAACCAGGACUGCCUAUGUUUCCAGAAGUCCCCAAGCAGUUCCUGAUGGACGGGGUGUACCUCUCGGCCACCGGCAUCCAGCAGAUCCAGAGCCUCACUGUGUCCAUGCCCAAGAAAGCCCGGAAGCCACGGAUGGGGAAGAAGUCGGAUAAGCCUCUAGACCCCCACAGCAAACACCCCAACAUUGCCAUUCUGCUGGGGUCGAUGUCCUCUGUAGAAGGGGAGGAGAAUCCAGAAAAAGAUACUGAAGAGCAGCUGAAGACACCAGAACCAAUGGAAGGCCUGGAACCACCCUUGUCUGUGGCGCCCCCUGGUGGGGAGGGUGCAGAGACGGAAGAGCAGGGCAAGAAGCGACGGCAGAGGAAACAAACAGGAUUAGGUGUUGGAGGAUUUAUUGCACGACAGCGUACACGGACGUGGAAGAGACAGACGUCAGCAUCAGACAUCACACCAGAAGAAGGAACUAGUACACAGAAGGAAGGGGCGGAGGCGCCUGCACUAGGCGCUGAUGGAACACCAGUUGCUCCCCAGGAGAGAGUGAGGCGGAGACGCAGGCCUCGGGCCAAGAGCCAACUGGAGGAGAACUUCCCCGCAUACCUACAGGAAGCAUUCUUCGGAAAGCCACUGCUGGAUACAGCCAAGGAGUCCAAGGAGACCCUUCAGGACGAUGCUGAUGCAGAGAAGGAGAAGUCUGGUCCUGCAUCACCCACAGCCGACGUCAAGGAUGGAAGUGAUUUCAGCAAGGCUUUGAAAGAUGAACUGGGCAGCGAGGCUCUUGUGUCGGGAACAGAUGACCACAAUGAAGAUAUCCCUAACUUGUUUGCAGAUGACGGGGACCUGAAGGAUAUAUUACCUCAUGAUCUGAGUGAUCUGCCGCACGAUGAGGAGAUCUUUAACAUGCUGGGACCGGAAGAUGGUUUACCAAUAGAAACUGAGUCUAUGGACUCAACAAGUGAGAAGGCUGAAGGAUCUCGAAAAGAAUUGCCCGAAAACUUUGACAAUAUGUUGAACACCGAUGACAAGAAUCUAGAUGUGGACAGCAUGUUCUCUGAUGAUGUGCUUCCCAGUCUGGCACCAAUAGACACCAAGAUAAUGGAGGACAUUUUCAAGGGUGUGUUACAGGGUUCUGACACGUCGACAGAUCAACCCUCAACAUCAAGUGAAAGUCAGUUUCCCUUGCCCUUGCCGUCGCCAUCCAUUCCAGGACAUCCACUGCAACACCUGCCCCAGUCACGGCUCGGAAUGGGCCCAGUGCGUGGGCAGGCCCAUAUACCCCUCCCCGGCCCAAGCCACCUGAUGGCUGGCCCCACACAGAUGCCCACCCCACUGCAGAUGCCGGAACAAGGGCUGGUCCUACCACCAAUGCACUCGCCGUCAAUGCAGCCAUCUGCGCUGCUCUCGCCCACCAUGCAGUCCCCCUCUGACCAGCAACAAGUGCUGCCGCCAGCUGGGAACAUGCCACCUUUUGGAAUGUAUGGGCCAGGGCCUCAGCAGAUGAGUCCAAGCUUCUCGGCAGGCCCCAACCCAGCCUGGUCGCUCAACACGGAGGAAGACCAGCCGGAAACAAGUAGCCGCAGAAACAUACUCAAGUGGGAGAACGAUGAGGCUCUCGGCCUCAAUGCCACCAUCUCGGCAGUGCUUUAUGUCAACACCAACCAUCAAAACCUCAAAACAGACUACCCUGACUGGGCGGAAAGGUCAAAGCAGAUCGCCAAACUAUGGAAGAAACUCACACCAGAGGAGAAGGCCCCCUUCUUGGCGAAAGCUCGAAAGAACCGGACCAGCAGUCGAGUCCAGAAAGCUCAGAAGCAAGUUACCCUUGAGCUUAAUCGUCGGCAGCAGGAGGCACGUGAACGCCGUGAUUGUUUGUCCAUGCCGCCUCCCCCAGCCCCUCCCCCACUCCCCUCUCCAGGGGCACAGGGACCAGGGAUGCCGGACCCCUUCAUGAUGCCCCCGCAGCAGCUCUCGCCCCAGGGAAUGGAAGUGCGAAGACCUGGUCUGGAGGGUGUUCUACCUGGGAUGAUGUCUCCACGCCACCCAGGUAUGCAGAGUCCAGGCAGACCCAUGGAAGGACAACAGUUGACGCCAGGGCACAGCCCCCUACAGAGCCCUCUGGGGACAGGACCAAUACCAAGACCUCCAUGGGGAGGUGAUGAGUCCUUCCAAAAGUCCCCGGGUGGCCCUGGGAUGGAGGGUUUUCCUCCACGUACAAUCGAACAAAUGGGCCCACGGCCUGGUGUUGAGGGCUUCCCCCCCGGAGCUGGUCCUCCCCGACCCCCAGAGGUGGCUGUCAGACAACCACAGCCUAAUCCGGACCCUUACGCAUUUCAACCAUCCACACCUCUUUCUGGGGAUCAGUUCUCGGAGGGGCAGAGACCUUUAUCUCAUCCUCCCAGAACAGUACCAGUUUCUCAGCCAUAUGAUCCUUAUCAUCAGCCUCCUAGUACUCCAAGACAAACCCUUGAAGAAGAUCCUUAUGCUAAGAUGCCCGGAACACCAGGCACUCCUCAGUCAAGACCCUAUGAUCCAUACAGUAGACAGCCAAUGACACCACACCCUGCAACUUCUGUCGCAGAUACAUUCAAAGCACCUCCCCAACGGCCGCCUGGGCCAGUAGAACCAUAUCCCCAGUCCCCGGGAACACCGAGAUCUGCCGUGAUGGAUCCGUACCAUCAGCGCCCACGCCUUCCCCCUCCACAGUCUCCAGGAGGCCAUGCAGGUGGGCCACGUCCGGGGGACCCCAUGAUGAGGAUGCGACAACCAGCCCCGGAUCCCUAUGCCUUUUCCCCGGGUACACCUAGGAUGGCCUCGGGCCAGGACGAAGCAUUCUUCCAUCCUCGACCUGGGCCAGGGGGUAUGGCUCAUGGACUUCGGCAACAGAUGAUGCAGCAGCUGUCCCCACGGAUGAGACGCCCGUCUCCGGAACAGUUUCAGCAGCAGCCAGCUCCGCAGCCUCCCACGUCUCAAGCUCCUGAUCCCUACAGCCAACAGCCGAUGACACCACAUCCAGGUCUGCCACAUUCUCCCCAGUCUCCUCACUCAACGCCUGGGCCACUCCGGCACCCAGAUCAGCAGUUCCCCACCCGGCCACCCCUCUUGUCUCGCUCACAGAGUCUCCCAGACCCCUACAGUCAGCCACCAGGCACCCCACAACCAGGGGACGUGGGCAUGGCAAGGACGCUGUCGCAGCUGAGUCCCGGGGGCAACAUGGGUAUCCGAGGUCCGAGACCUCCCUUCAUGCAGGAGAAGCCCCUGCACCCGGAGAGUGUCAUGCUUCAACAACUAUACAGCCGACGGCACACACACUUAGCUGCAGGAUCUUGGCCUAGUUCUAUCUCGCACACUCUCUUGGGCCCUGGAGGGGAGGGGCUGGAGGGAGCGGACCGCGGCAACCAGCACCAGCAACUGCGGGAGAUCCUGGCACAGCAGAUCAUCAGGUCGCAGAAAAUCAGGAAGCAGCAAGAAGAGUCGGAGAAGGCUAAAGGCCCCCAGUGGCCGCCCCAGGAUGGAGUUCCACAGAGCCUGCCUGGCACGCCACCAGGUAUGCCGCCCAGGUAUAUGGACGGAGGUCCACGACCACCCCCAGGGUUCUCUGAACAAGUCCCAGGGGUGGCUCACCCCGAGCGCUGGGCUGCUCUCCGACACAGGAUGGUGAGACCACCCAACCCAGGUCAAUUUGGGCCAGAAGGAGAAGGGUUUGGCCCUAGAGGUCAGUUUGAGGUCAGGCCAGGCUUCCCUGGGGCCAUGAGGCAGCCCCGGCCACCAGGACCCGGGAUGCCUCCCCGCCAAGCAUUCCCACCAGGGGCAGGGCCUAACCAGGGGCCCCGUAUUGGAUCUCCAGGCCACGGCCCAUUUCCCCCAGGCGCCAUGUCAGGACAGCCAUUCAUGCAGGCCAUCCAGGACCACCUCGCAUCUCAGGGAAGCCACUCCCCUAGCCAUCCCAUGAUGUCACCUAUAGCUGUCAGCACUGCCACAACACAAGGAGCCGGCUUCCCACCUCCAACAUCCGAGGGCCUGCCUUCCAUCGCACUGCAGCAUCCUCCAGCGGUCGGGGGAGAUGCUCCCGUUGUACCCCCUCAGUUCCAGGGACAAGAUCCGAAGCUGACACCCCCAGGUGCUCGCCAUAUGCUCCCACCCUUCACCCGUCAAGCUUCACAACCCCCGCCAGCACAGUCUGAAGAGGACUUGUUUCAGGGAACGCCUCUCACUUCAACCCGAGAUCCAAUGAUCUCCGAGAACAACCUGAAGACCCAGGCAGCGGGGGAGGGUUUAGAUGAAGCGGCACUCGCCACUCAGAGUGAGCAGCUGCACUUGUCCGACAUUGAUCUGAAGGUCACGAAGCAGCCGAUGUCGUCCGAAGAUGAGAAACAUGAAGAUGAUGACUUGUUGAGUGCUGACGGAACAUUCGACAUCCUGAAGUUUGCUGAUCCAGAACUGGGAUCUGAUGAUGACAAAUUCCUUGAUGAGCAGCUGGAUCUUAUGGAGGGAACCAGCAAACCCGAGGAAACAAAAACUGACCAGCCACCGAAGCAUGAAGUUGCAUCCACGUCGGUAAGACCAGAACAAGAGAGACCAGAGGAGAAGCCAGUAGUCCCCGCUGUUGCAGCAGACGAUGCAGGGAAAGACACAGACGAUGAAAAAUCACAGGACCAGAAGGCAAAUCCUGCCAAAGAUUUCCAAGCCAAAUUCCUCGAGUUCAGUCAGAAGAGGCAAGAACAGUAUGCAUUAGAUGCAGCUAGACUUGCUAAAGAUGGGAAAAAGGAUGAGAAGGACAAGAAAGCUGGUGGAGCUAAGGAAACAAAGGGUGUGAGUCACAUAGCGGCACUGCUGCAAGGCACAGAACCUAUUGGAUCCAGACUGGAAAGAAGUGAAAUAGAGAAGAGGUUGCAGGCUGGGGUCAGAGCCUCUGAGGCAGGAAAGCCCCAGACAGAUCCUCUUGGUCUGGGUCUGGGACAGAGACCAGGAUUUGGUCCGGGUAUGUCCCCUCUCCAUCAUGGCCCCAGUCCUCACCAGGGCCCUCUGACGCCAGUCCACAUGUCUCCGUCGGGCAGUAUCGGUGUGCCAGGAACGCCAGGACUUCCAUCACCAAAGUUUAUUCCCUCACCAAGAAGUGGACAGCCAUCCCCCAGAACACCCAACAUGCACAGCCCCUUCAGCCAGAUGCCUGUACAUUCACCUCACAGCCAGCCUGUCACUCCAGGGGCCUCGCAGCUCUCUCCAUUCUCCACAUCCGUUCAGUCUCCGUUCAGUCCUCCAGUUUCGGCCCACUCACCCUUUGGCUCUGGUCUGGUGUCAGCUCCACUCUCUCCAUACUCACAAGGAGCACAGCCCAGACCAGUGCUAAGUCACAGUCAGACCAGUUUCGGUCCCAAUACUCCACAAGGAAUGCUCAACCCAUCACCUCAAUCUGUUGGUCAUCCUCAAACCCAGUCCUUUCCAAUGCAUCACUCACCCAGAGCUACUAUCACUCCAACCAAUCAGUACACACAGGGGACGUAUGGGCAGCAGCUCAACCAUGUUCCUCCAAGAGGAAGCACCCUGACGCCGACCCCCAGCAGUAUAUUGUACGGACAGUCCAUUGCUUCACAACACGGGAUACGAAACCAAGGACCAAGACUUCCGUUUCCACAAGUGAGUCAGCCAGGCGGAGAGGAGGGCCAAGGACAGGAGGGGAUGCCCCCGUCGGUUGUAAUGAGCCAGGCUGGCAUGCCAGGACAACCACCCAGUUCCAUUGCCCAGCAGCUGCAGGGAGAGGCAGCAGCUGAGAUUGCCAAACUUCUUCACCAGCAGGGGAGCAUGGUCUCUGUUUCAAUGGCUGGGCCAGGACCACAAGGGAUGGCAGGGAUGAGGCCUGAGAGGCCAGGGAUGCCGCAGACAUCUCAUCCCAAUCUGCAACAGCAACUAGCACAUGGCCAUUCUGGAAUGGGGCCGAGAGGGUUGCCGCCCGGCUAUGUAGGCCAAGGACAAGCACGGUUACAACACCCACCAGGCAUGAGGCUCCUAGGGCCCAGGAUGCCGGGAUACCCCGGAUCAGGGGGACCAGGAAUGGUUCGACCGGCUCAGAUGCCUCCCCCUCAACCCAAGGAACAGUCUACUCUCCUGGAUGAACUGCUGGAACAGGAAAAGCAGGAACAGAAGCGUCAGGCAGAGCAGCAAGCUCUAAUCCACCGGCGCGAAAUCGGAGGAAAACCAGAAACCAUGAUGCCACCAGGACUCAGACCAGUCCUGGGGCAGCAUAUGAUGGGCCCUCGACUGGAACCCACACGGAUGCCAGGGCCUGAGGGGGCGUGGUCAGCUACUCAGACUAGUGGGCAACAGGGUGAAAUGGCAUCUAGUCCCCAGUUCCCUGGAUUUGGACCCCGGUCACAGGGACAGCUGAGUCCACGGACCCCUUCCCCUUUCCAGACGCCGUCCCCAGGGAUGCAGCCACCACGGAUGAGUCCCCUGACUAUGAUACCCCCACCCCCUCAGCCACCCAUCCCGCCACCAGGAGGUGAGAGAUGCCCAUCAAGCGAGGUGGGGCCAGAGUACGAUCGGCAACAGCUGCAGUAUGAGGACUGGCUGACCAAACAGGCUCAGUUCCUGGACAUGCAGAUCAAGCUCCUGGAACAGCAAAUUGCCAAACAGAAGAGAACAAAGAAGAGCAUUCAAGCUCGGCAGAGACAGGCACGAAAAAAUGGAAAUGAGCUUAAUCCGAACGAUGUGGCGGAGUUGGAGCGGGUGACCACGGAGCAGUCGGGGUUGCAGAAGCAGCUGGAAGCUUUGAGGAAGCAGCAGCGACAACACCAGAUGAUGGUGCAGGACUAUCGAAACAAACAGAAGGAACAGUUCGGUCGUAAUUGGCUUCCAUCCCCAGUACCCUCUCAGACUAGCCAGGCGGCACAGCUCUCUCCCGCAUCAACACCAACUGCCACCUUGUCUUCCUCCCCUGCCUCCACACCGGUGGGCACGCCACCCCAGACCCCACCAGUCCGGGCUCCAGGUGCAAACUCAGUCCGGUUGACUCGCACAGACAGGCAGGAAUAUGAAGCUUACAUGCAGAAUAGGUUGCGAAUGUUGAGCCAACAGGCAGGAGUGUCAGGCAUACCUUUGACUGGCCCCAGACUCCCUGUCCCCGCAGGCCAACUCCCACCAGGUCAACUCCCGCCAGGCCAAAUACCGCCUGGCCAAAUACCGCCUGGCCAAAUACCACCAGGCCAAAUACCGCCAGGCCAAAUACCACCAGGCCAAAUACCGCCAGGCCAAAUACCGCCAGGCCAAUUACCACCAGGGCAACUUCCGCCAGGGCAAAUACCGCCAGGCCAGCUCCCCCAAGGACAAAUAUCCCCGGGACAGCUCCCCCCUGGACAGAUAUCCCCUGUACAGCUCCCUGGGGGACAAGGUCCCCCUGGUGCUGCACAGUCCCCGGCACCAGUGGGUCCGGGAGGUCCUAUGGGUCCUGGACAGAUGACGGCAGCACAACAGGCACGGCUCACCACUGUCCUUGGGGACAACAACCCGUUUAGUGAGGGAUUUCAGCAGAGAGAGCAGCUUGAAAGGUUCCGUGAGAAGAACUGGGCACAGAUUCACGAAGGUGCCACCCCUCCAACCACUGAAGUGCAAGGAACAGCACCAGCUGAGUCUCUAGCACCACCACCACCACCUCCUCCUCCUCAAGCUCUUCCUCAAGCCCUCCCUCAGAUGCAGUUCUUCAGGGAAAGAGGAAUGACGUUUGAACAAGGCCCUCGCUUCACACGAGCACCAGGCCUGUUUGCUGGAGAAGGGGCACCACGCCCAUUUGAGGGACCUCGCCCACCUGCCUAUCCUGGACCCCCUGGACAUUACCCCCCCAUGCCUGGUUCUGACCAGAGUCGCCUCCCUUUCCCACAAGGCAUGCCUUUCCAGCCAGGCUUUGGCAUCCCUCCCACUGCAAAUCUACCCCCUGAGAUGGGCUCCCAAGGAGCAAAGGAAAAGCCGAAAAAGCGACGGAAGAAAAAAAAGGCAGCAGAAACUGAAAAUGUGCAGUCCCAACCCUUGCCACCUUCAAUUCCCACUCAACCAGCCAUUUUAGGACAAAAUCCACCAUCCACCCCAGCUGCUCCGGCAACAGUGACCACCACAACAGCAACAACCACAACAGCAACAACUCUACUGCCUCCUGCUCCUCAAGCUAAGAUCACAGAGUUUCCCAUAAAACCACAAUCAGAAACGGAGAGAAGAAUCUUAGAAAUCCUUAGUAACACAGCUGCUCUUGCACAGAAGGAAGGGGAUGAGCAGCUACCUGGUGGGAAGCCACCUCGAGGCAAGAGUGCUGCAGCUUCUGCUCCUGCUCCUCAACCUCUGCCACCACCACCGCUGGUACAGCAAGGAGCCGUGUCUCCAGCACCUUCCGGGGCAGGCGUGUCGCCUCAGGGCACGGGUCCUGCACAGCCUGCUGGAGCUCAGUCCACAGGCCCUCCUCCCCUGUUGUCGCAAGGUUCUCAGUUAGGUCAGGCUGCCCAACAGCUGCUCCGGUCGACACCUCCAGUGUCAGAUCAAGUUAGAGUUACAGAAUUUGGAAACACCAAAGUGGAGUCCCCUGCAUCCACAACAGGUUCCCCUCCAGAUCAGGAGGUUGAAAAACCUGCACUUGAUGGAAGUUCAUCCAUUCCUCAUCUGGAAACUCAAGUGACACAGUCUAGUGCUGCUAUGCAGAGUGCACCGAGCUAUGAGUCUCCUCCCCAUCUGCAACCACAAACUGAUGUGUCAUCAGAUUUCUCCACUACCUCCAAGACGCCACCUUCUCCACAGACAGCAGAGUCAACAUCUGCAGCCCCAGAACAAUCUCCUGCACCCCAGGUGGAGGAACAACGGGCAGCGGAGGGGAAAAGCGUGUCAACUGACAAACCAGAAGAUGAUGCAUAUGACGAGCCUGAUGGUGGUGCAACUGUUACUGAAGGAGGGGAGUCAUCAGAACCUAAGAAAAAGUUUGUGUGUGAUGAUGGAAUUCAUUGUGGAACAGAUGAUGAAGAAGAGGAAGAAAAGGAACAAGAGCCUCCUAAGGCAAAGUUUGUGUGUGAUGAUGGAAUACAUUGUGGAACAGAUGACGAAGAUGAAACUCCGGCAGAGGGAGAGGCCAGUACAAGCAAAGCAACUGAAAAAAGCUCUUCAGCCGCCCCAGGACCAUCUCAGACACAAACACAGUCAGCAGAAGUAACACAAAAGAGUGAGAGUAGUCCUCAAGCUCAAACACCCAAGCAAACAAGUGACACCAAAGAUGGCAACUGUAAUAAGCCAGAAGCAUUGCAGGCAACUGCACCAUCCACCUCUAGUCAACAGCAGCCUAGUGAGCCUGAACAGUCAGAACCUUCCUCUUCCACAGAGGGAUCUCACUUAGUGCCAGUCUCAGGAUCGAAUGAGGAAUCAGCUUCUCCAUCAUCUGGUGGGCUUCAGACACAUGAUGCCUCAUCAGUGCAGACAUCAGCUGCAUCCUUUCACCAUGAGAUAGCUCCAUCUACUCCAAGUAUUCAGUCCAGUAUCUCGGCUCCUCCACAGCCUGCUCCCACAGCUCUAGUGUCUGCACAGUCAACAAUGCAUCCAUCCCCCCCUAAUUCCAUGAUGGGCCAAGGACAACCACGGCAACCUUUUCCACAAGGGCAUCAGAUGCUGAGGCACCUUCGGCCAGAAAUUAAUCCUCAAGUACUUCAGGAUCAAAUGAUCAGAGCAGGACAUGUACCUCUUGAUCAGCCGCCAGCUGGUGAAGGGGAUAUUUCGCCCCAAGCACCGGGUCCGACGCAGCGCCUUCCGCCUUCUUAUGCUACCGCUAUCAUGUCAGGUCAUACAAUGAUGCACCCUAGGCCCCCUCUAACAGCUACUUCAGCAGCCGGACCAACCCCUCGACCUCAGCUGCCACCAGGUGCUGCACAACCACCAAGGCCUGGAAAUCCAGAUCAGCCCCCUGUACAGCCUAAUGUUUCUCAGUCAAGUCGAGCUUUAGUAUCGCAACUCAUGCAGGCAAGUGUUCCACAGUCUGUGUCCUUACCAGGAAACAUGAUGACCCUUUCAUCCGCCAUACCUGCAACGGCUUCUAGUCCAAGACUGUCUCAUCCAGUGGUCACUACUACAGUCUCAGCAUCAUCACCUUCAAAUAUCCCGAGCUCCUCGCCAAACACUCCACAGAUGCCGGGGCAGAUGACUCCACAAAUGACUGAGCCUCGCAUGAGGAUGCCGAUGUCUCCGGCGGCGAUGCAGCAACAGGUGGCAGCUCAUAUGGCACGGAUGCAGAAUAUGCAUCCCUCAGGGAUGCUUCAAAGGCUACCACAUGCUCAAGGCCUACAACUUAUGGGACAAAGACUUCCACCUCAUUCCACACCUCAGAGCAUUCCUCCACACUCUACACCACCAGGCAUUCCACCUCGUUCCUCUCCACAAUCUGUACCUCACUCAGCUGCUCAGGGUAUGCUGCCUCAUACGUCCCCUGAAGGAGUGCCAAGAUCAAUGCCUCAAGCACCGCCCCACUCCCUGCCUCAAGGAAUACCCCCGGGUCAAGGAUUCCGGCCUCAUGGUAUACCAGGGAUGCCUCCUCAGUCAGUUGCUCAGUGUAUGCCUCCACGUUCGGUUGCUCAGGGAGUUCCUCUUCAGUCAGUGGCCCCUGGCAUGCCUCCUCAUCCACAAGGAAUGCAUCCCCAUUUUGCCCAGAGAGGGAUGCCCCCCCAAGGUAUGAUGCACAGGCUGCCACAUGGCAUGCCCCCCCACCUGAUACAGAGGAUGCCCCAGAGGAUGCCAGGACAAAGGAUGCCUCCCCAUGGCCUGCAGCACCUACCACCAGGGAUGCCCCCUCACUCUGCCCCUCCUGGAAUGCCCCCUCAGUCUACUGCCCAGGGAAUGCCACCACAUGCUGGUCAUCCCCCCCAGGUUGCUCAAGGAAUGCCACCCCAACAACAUGGCAUGCCUCCACGUUCACCAGCUCCAGGAAUGCCGCCACAUUCGCCAGUUCCAGGAAUGCCACCUCACUCAUCGGCUCCAGGAAUGCCACCUCACUCAUCGGCUCCAGGAAUGCCACCUCACUCGUCGGCUCCAGGAAUGCCGCCACAUUCACCAGCUCCAGGAAUGUCGCCUCACCAAGCGGCUCCAGGAAUGCCGCCUCACCUUGUGGCUCCAGGAAUGCCGCCUCACUCGUCGGCUCCAGGAAUGCCGCCUCACUCGUCGGCUCCAGGAAUGCCGCCUCACUCGUUGGCUCUGGGAAUGCCGCCUCACUCGUCGGCUCCAGGAAUGCCGCCUCACUCGUCGGCUCCAGGAAUGCCGCCUCACUCAUCGGCUCCAGGAAUGCUCGCUCACUCAGUUCCAGGAAUGCCGCCUCACUCGUCGGCUCCAGGAAUGCCACCUUACUCUGCGCCAGGAAUGCCCCCUCACUCUGCUCAACAAAGCAUGCCUCCUCGUUCUACUCUGCUUGGAAUGCCGUCACAUUCUCCAACCCUUCCCAGUCCAGAACUGAUUUCACAAGCCAUUGGCGACCUUCAUGGUGUAACACAGGCCAAGCCCAUGCAUCCAAUGCCACUACAGAUCCCUGGACAGGGAAUGCCUGGAAUUGCUCUAGGUGGACCUCCGCCACAGCUGUCGCCCCUCAAUCUACCCCCACAGCAGACACAAGGUCGAUUAAAGGCCUCCCCUUCAACGCCAAACCUAACCCCACCUCACAGCAUAUCAACUCCUCCCCAGUCAACCACACCUGUGACUACACCCAUGUCCAGCACUACAACCUCACCGGCAGGGUCUCUCUCAGCUCUGGCCACACCAAGCCCUGUUGACAGUGUCAAGAUCAAACAAGAGCCCACGGAUGAUGCCUUCCUCCAGUUCGACACAAGUGAUGCAGAGGCCCUACGAGCCAGCCAAAACGCUCUCCUCAAGCAGCUGCUGGCCAACAGCGGAGCCAAGAGAGGUGCCCAGAACAGUCCUCAGGGCGAGGGAGAAGACAUUCCACAGCUGACACCGGAGCAGCAGCAGCAGCUGGAGAUGAUUGACAAGAUGCCCAUAUUCAGGGAAACCGAGAUUUCUUCUGAGGAGUGGGAAAGUAAAACUCCCGAGGAAAGGGAGAAAAUACUCGGUGAGUACCUGCUGGAAAUGAGAAGACAGGAGUAUGAGCGCAAACGUAAGGAAUAUGAGGAGCUGAGGAAAGCCAAGAGGAAGAACCCUGUCCCUGAAGGACCGGAGACGAAGUUGAAACGUCGGAAGAAAGGAGAAAACAAAGAUGCUGUGCCAAAGAAACGAAUCCGAAAACCUAAAGGAAAGGAAACUGAACUAGAAGCAAGAACAGAGUCGUUCCUUCAGCAGCUGAGGGCACUCCCUCCCAUCAAUCUUCAAGAACCACCCAUCGGAAUAAACAACAACAUUGUCCCGGUCAUGGGGGCCAACUCAGUCACCGCUGAAAAUCAGGUGAAAGGCAGUUAUGGGAAAGCUUAUAUGGAAGGAUUACCUGACUUCUACGGUAGUCUUCAGCAUCCCAACUUCCCGCUGGGCAUCCGACAACCUGGUGCUGACAUCGCUGCACGGAGACGCUUCCUCAGUGAUGGACAGACUGUACCAUUCACAGGUCCUAUUACAGACGAGCAGCGCUACCAUCUGCUGUCGGCUGGAGUUCAUGCCCAGGCCCUGGCUCAACGCAUGCCCCUCCUGCCUGGCAUGAUCAGGCCCUUCCUGCCGGUCAUCCCCCCGCAGCCCAGGAUCGAACCCCACCUGGAGCAGUCCGCAAGAGACACUCCGGAUACAGUUAUAUCCUCAUCAUCUCCUGAGAUAGGCUUUGGAGAACAGGACACAGAGUUACCUGCCCUUCGUCCCAUCGAGCCUGCCGUAGCUGACGAUGACCGAGGAGCAUCCCCAGCGGUGCCGUUGCUGCACCCGAUUCCCAUCAAGGCGGAGAUCAAGGACGAGAAGAAGGAGCUGAAGGAAGAAGACCUCUCCAAAAUAGCUGAACACGGCGAUGUGUUGCUUUCAGAAAAGAAGGAAAGAAAUAUUGACAGUUUACUGAGUAGUAAAGACACACUGACGGCCAAAAUGCCAGCCUUGACGUCAAGUCUUGCACGCCCUUUCAUUGACCCCAGCUUGGACCAGCAGGUGUCUGUGACCUUGACCUUGUCAGCUACAGCUGCUGAAGAUAUUGGGGGAGUGAUAUCUGCCAUUGCUGAUCUGUUAAAAAUUGCUGUUCCACCAACAUACGAGAUGACGAGGAGCCCGUCCCCAGAUACAUACAAAGUGAAUCUCACACACAAGGAAGAAGCUGUCAACAUCCAGUCUUUGAUCAAGGCCAAACCCAAGUUCUGCCGCCACUGUGACGUAGUAGUGCUCAGCUCUGGGAUCCGCAAGAAGAAAACUGAGCUUCCUUUCCUUACAAAGGAUGAGCAGGUGAGUGGAGACUGUGAGGAUGAAGAGGUGACAUUCUGCAGCAUGAACUGUUACAUGCAGUUCACCAUCACGCACCAGAUGCCACAGCCCCAUGAGACUGAAGCUGGAAACCUAGUGGAGCACAAGAGUGGAUGUACACCGUCCACAUCUCCUCGCCACGUCCCUGUCACCUCGGCCCUGUCCAUCUCCACCACCCCACCCAUCACCCCACAGUCGGCCAGGGACCAGCCAGCAACACCCACCACCCCUCUCUCUUCAUCCACCGUGUCCAAGUCGCCCAUGCCGUCGCCCGCAUUGCCAAGUCCGCCAGUGAAGAAGGAGGAAAAGCCGGGGAAGAAACACCGACGGAGCAGCAGCACCGCUUCUGACAUUCAGCUGCCGCAGAUGCAACCAGUCAAGCCCAUGGUCAAGAAGUGGAAGGACAUCCGGUGGCAGCGCUGGGACCUCAAGAUGCAGGACAGCCUGGGACUGUACCCGACUACACCCGUGAAGGAACUGGAUCAGAUCUGGAGCCGCAUGGACAUGGUGGUGCACUUCAGCAUCGGGAAGGAGGACAAGAGGAACUGCACCUUCUGCCAGGAGCCUGGGGAUGGAGACACGGACAGCUCCUCAAGACUUCUCAACCUGGAUGUUGAUAAAUGGGUGCACCUGAACUGUGCCCUGUGGUCGUACGAGGUGUACGAGACCCUGAACGGAGCUCUGAUGAACGUGGAGGUGGCCUUCAAACGAGGAGUGUCCCUGGAGUGUAUCGUCUGUGGGAAGCAGGGAGCCACUCUCAGCUGCUUCAAGAUCCGGUGUACCCACACAUACCAUCUCCCGUGUGCCAAGAGGGUGUCCUGCAUGUUCUUCCAGGACAAGACUCUGCUGUGUCCUGUCCACGCCCCCAAGUCUCCUGUGGAGAAUGAGCUGGAGACCCUGGUGGUCCAUCGCCGCGUCUACGUCAACCGGGACGAGGACAAGCAGGUGGCCAGCAUGAUCCACCAGGAUGAAGGAAGCCACACUCUGAGGGUGGGCUCUCUCACCCUCCACAGCAUCGGCCAGCUUCUGCCCCACCAGAUCCAGACAGGCAGGUUCCACACCAAGGACUACAUCUACCCUGUUGGCUUCCGCACAAGUCGCUUCUACUGGAGCAUGCGGCAGCUGUACAAGCGGUGUCGGUACACCUGCAGCAUCUCUGACAAUGAUGGCAUCCCCGAGUUCACCAUCAAGAUAGAGGAGGAGGGUUACUCGGAUACACUCUUCAAGGAGAGCUCUCCCAAAGAUGCAUGGAUGCACAUUCUCAAGCCGCUGGAAGAUAUCCGCCGCGGUGCAGACCUUGUCAAGAUGUUCUCCAACUUCAUCACCGGCGAGGAGCUAUUCGGUCUCACCGAGCCUAAUAUACUUAAAGUGCUGGAAUCGCUGCCAGGAACAGAUCUCCUUGGCAACUACUGUUUCCGCUAUGGCCGCUCACCUCUCAUCGAAAUGCCGCUGGCCAUCAACCCAACAGGAUGUGCCAGGACUGAACCCAAGCUUAGAACACACUUCAAACGCCGCCCUCACACCCUCCAGUCCAGCAACUCCCGGUCCCUCCCGACCACGGUGACAGGAGUGACGGGAGACGUCAAUUCACCCUACAUGAAGCAGUUUGUACAUUCCAAGUCCCAGCAGUAUCGCCGACUCAAGACGGAAUGGAAGACCAACGUCUUCCUCGCCAGAUCAGGAAUUCAGGGUUUGGGUCUGUUUGCUGCCCGCGACCUUGAGAAGCACACAAUGGUGAUUGAAUACAUCGGGGACCUCAUCCGGAACGAGGUAGCCAACCGACGGGAAAAGGUGUAUGAAGAUCAGAACCGUGGUGUGUACAUGUUCCGCAUUGAUUGUGACAUUGUCAUCGACGCUACGAUGGCGGGUGGCCCUGCCAGAUACAUCAACCAUUCCUGCGCCCCCAACUGUGUGGCUGAGGUCGUUCCCUUCGAAAAAGAGAGCAAGAUCAUCAUCAUCACCAGCCGUCGCCUUGCCAAGGGCGAGGAGCUGACGUACGACUACAAGUUUGACUUUGAAGAUGACCAGCACAAAAUACCAUGUAAUUGUGGAGCCCAUGGAUGUCGCAAGUGGAUGAACUAGCUGUUGUCUCUCCAGCAGUUGGUCACAUGAAUGGCCACAUUUCAUCCAAUCUUUAUUGAGAUUCUCUACUUAAACUGACCAUUGACAACCUGGAAAGAUUGUUACACAAGGAUUGAAUUGACAUUGAGAUGAAUUUUAUAGCAAAUGAGAUAUAAGUAAUGUUUAAAAUUCUGGAUGCUUGAUCUACCAUAGUUUUUUAUAGGCAUGUAGUGGCCUGACCAAGGCGUGAACCAAUCUUGUUACUAAUAUAUCUGUCAUUAUUGCCAGUACACUGGCAUAGUAGCAGUAGAUCGUUAUGACAUAUGCAAGAGGAAGGACAGGCUGUCGAGGCUUGUCCGGGGCUAUAUGAACAUGUUGUCAUAUAUGCCCCUGGAUAUUACUAGUCAUAUACAUAGCAUAUCUGUUAAACAGGAUUACAGUAUAUUUUUCUAGUUUGUGUUUGUGAUAUUCUCAGAUAAACUGUGUCUUUCUUGUUGAUUUGCCAUACUUUGGAAUGCAGAUUUUAGAUGGAUAUAUGAAUGAUAUGAUUUAUUACUCUGAUUCUUAAGAGUCUUUUUUUUGUGUAACAUUUUAAUGUAGUAUUGGUGUUAAGAAAGUAGUUUUUUAUUGCCUUAAUUGCUAGUUAGCAUAGAAAAGGAAGCUUGUGUUCACUUAAAGUUUGGUUUCUGUAGACGAUUGCAGCAUUGGAACAAAUGUAGGUGACGGGGGCAUUGAAGUGCCCCAGUUGUGUAUAUACUUAGACUAUCAUAGUGAAUCUUAUCAUAUGCACAAUAAAGAAUGUGCAUAAUUGUUACUUAUUGAACUAUGCCAAAUGACCAUUUUGACAUAAUCAACUGUGAAGAUAUGUACAUACUUUGAUAUACAACAUGUAUCAUUAGUGGAAUGGUAUUGACUAUUCUGUGAGAGCCUCGCGCACCAGCUAGCAGUGAGCUUUAACUUUAGCUGGCUGGAGGAGACGAUCGCUGUUUGUAUAUAUUGUGCAAGAAUCCAUAGUCCUUAAGUUAUUUCAUGAUGCAUUAUCUCUCAUGUUCAAGGAACAUGCACAGUUUAAUAAGAUGUGCUUGUGUCACAUUGUUGUUGUUGUAUUUCAUGGUACGUUACGAUGCAUUGUGUUGUAUUAUCACUGUGAAGACAACAUCUUGUACUGAUAGUACACAUGCACUCAGAUGUGUUUUUUGAUGAUAACAAUGUCUUUGUUUAAUGACACUGUUUGUGAUGACUCUGACUACAUACACCAUAUGUGACGACACUGUCUGCAUACACCGUUUGUGACGACACUGUCUUCAUAAAAUCCAUUUGUGGUAACACUGUCUGCAAGCACUGUUUGUGACCACACUGUCAAAACACUGUUCGUGACGACACUGUCUACACACACUGUUUGUGACGACACUGUCUACACACACUGUUUGUGACGACACUGUCUACACACACUGUUCGUGACGACACUGUCUACACACACUGUUCGUGACGACACUGUCUACACACACUGUUUGUGACGACACUGUCUUCAUACACCGUUUGUGACGACACUGUCUUCAUAAAGUGAUUACAUUGACACUGUUUGAUAAUUUCCUGUACAUGCACAUCCACUACUGCUGCUGUUAUGUAGACAAGUGUGUGUACAAUCUGUGGCGUGAGGAGGUUUACCCUCCCCCCAGCAGAGACGAACUUGUGUCCUUCGACACAAGCCUGGUACAGGACUGUAUCGUGUUGUACAGAACGGAAGUAGAGUGAAAGCGUUUACCCUCCCCCCAACAGAGACGAACGUGUGUCCUUCGACACAAGCCUUGUACAUCACUGUAUUGUGUUGUACAGAGCGGAAGUAGAGUGAAAGUGUUAAACCUCCCCCCAGCAGAAACGACCUUGUGUCCAUCGACACAAACCUGGUACAGCACUGUAUCGUGUUGUACAGAGCGGAACUAGAGUGAAAGCGUGAAACCAUUGUGAAUAGGAAGUGAUGUAUGUAUGUAUGUAUUUAGAGUGAAGGAGUAGGAUGAGCAACAGAGCCUGACAUGCACUAUCUAUCUCAGUCUGUUCAUGAGCAAUAACCAGUGCUGCACUCAGCAGCGUGAAAAUAAACCUUUACACUUUUGUUGAUGUAGUCGGAUAUGAGGUAUUAAUGUCUGAUGUUUCCUAUGUACUUCUGUUUGAGAAGGUCUGUCACUGUAAAUAAUGCUCCAUUAUGACAGUCUCUUCUACUCGCAUACCCAUCUCAUUGUAGAUACUCAUAAUUUUUUAGUACUAGCUCAUCAUUCAGAAGUUUGUCUUGUCCCCGGUCAACCAAGCAUGUCUCAGUACUGCAGGCCUAUCAUCAUGUGCUGUUUAUGUAGGAGAAUUAAUGAUCUUUUUGUACCGAAACAGCGUGUGUGUAUUCCAUACCUGUGUAUACAUAUGGAAUCCAUUGUAUAUAGGGCCGCUGUGACCGUAAGGCAUGGAGUUGUCCUGCUGUACAGCUAUGUGAGUGGCCGUGUCUACCCAGCUGUACAGCCAUGUAUAUUUCCCAUUGUGUAGCAUUGUAUAUAACAUCCAGCACAAUCAACUUGCAAAGUGUUCAUAGACAUACUCUGUCAAAAUUUGCCAAUAUUGUUCUCUUCCAUUGAAUCAUUUUAUAGAAUUUUUAAGGAUUUUUUAAAUCAACUUUGCAUUUUGUCCUUCCCUCAAGUUGAAUAUGAAGCAUUCAGUAUUUUUCAUACCUCGUAUACAUCCAUGUGAAGUUGGUGCAGAUUGGUUCCUGUCACAGCGUUACAUUUAUUAUCAUGCUUUCAAUCUUCAUGUUAUUUUUUGUCCAUUAUCAUGUAUUAUACCACUUAAUGAGAUAUUUCCUGGUCAGGUUGUAGGUAGUGCUUCUUAUGCAGGGAAGCCGCAUUUACCAGCCCCAUCUGCGUCAUUUAGCUUCACUUGAGAAUUAAUUGCAAUGAUUAUAAAUAUAAUGAUUUGCUGUACAAUUGGAUCAUAAUGGAUUGUUAUAUAGCAUUGGAAAAGUGUUGUACCUGAACCAUUCCACCUCUCACAGGUACUUGAUGCCAAAAUUUUAAAAUAAAACAAAUAUUUCAUAUGCGUUUUAUAGUGUUUGGAUUUGUAGCCCAUUAGCUAUUGGAUGGGCUGGAUUUCAAUAGCUGUAAUUCCUGUAAAUAUUAAUGAAAUCAUUAACAUUUUUCACUAAUAAGCUUAUCUGCCUCGGUUCUUCUAAGUCGGCUGGCAUCAUAUCGUUUUGCGUUUUAGUUUUUUUGACAUGAAGUACCUGUUUCCCAGAUCCAGCCAGUCCUGGUGAUCUUGCAGCUACUGCUACCGUAAGUUGCUACUUCAACACUUGUGGUGGGGUAUCAGUAGGAUGACUGCUGGCUGGCUUGUUUUCACUGACAGAGGAAGCUGGCUAUGCCUUGUCUCAAGUCCCUCCCCCCUCCUCGGCUCGGCCUCAUCUCUGUGUUUUCACAUCUGUUUAUUUAUUCCAAGGGUGGGGGGGAUUUGGCAAGAUGUACUCCGACUGCAGGGAACUUCACAGUAGGAGGUUUUCAUGCUUGAAAACAAUGGAAACACUUUCAGGUUCUGAAUUUGAAAGACAUUGAAGACAUUAAUUUACAGAUUCUCAAUUUGAAAGACAUCAAUUUGCAGAUUCUUCAUUUGAAAGACAUUAAUUUGCAGAUUCUCGAUUUGAAAGACAUUAAUUUGAGGAUUCUCAAUUUGUAAGACAUCAAUUUGCAGAUUCUGAAUUAAUUGGCUUAUGUUUUAUUACCCUGAAAGAUUGUGUUUGUUUUCCAGUAUGUGUGAGGCUAUCGGUACAUGUUGUCGGGUUGAGCCUACCAAGGGACUCGGACAAAUGGUUAGCUUUUUUUAUAGGCAGCAUUCGGUUCAUUAAUGUUUGGAGGCAUAACUGUUGUUUUUGUGCUUUAAAACAGUGUGUAUGUUUUGCAUAGUUGUUGCAAAUAAAGUUUCAGACCACCACACAAGCAUUAGUUAAUCAUCAAAAAUUAGUUCAAACCUGGGUUUGAAACUUCUAAAAUAUUUUUACCAGUUUGUAAUGUUUUCUGAUAGGAAGGUAUCUGGUUACUGUAAGCACACAGUGAUUUGGAGUCCUGGUAUGUCACCUCUCAGUAGAUCUGAAUUUAGGCUGAUGUCACCUCUGUCUUAUCUGGUCAAUGACAAACAACUGAUUUAUAUAUUUUGUAUUUUAGUUUAGGUGAUUUCCCGCCUAUUUUGUUAAUUGGUGUUAUGGUAUGGAUAAUGAAUUCCCUAAUUUAUUACCUUGGACAUAUUUGUACACUAACAUGGUGACCAUGGUUACCAGGCUACACCUGUCUUUUCUUCAAGGGUGAUUGUAAUUAGUCUUAUAGGUAGCAACUAGCUUUAUUAAACAAUUCUAAUACUUUUGAAACUUUGAUUAUUUAACAUCAAAUACAUUUAAUACAUCUAUUUUUUGGGUUUUCUUUCAUAAGAUUUGAAACUACUUUUCCUUGCUGUCCACUGUUAUAUUUGUGGAUGUAUUGGACGUCCACCCUGAUCUCACAAUGCUGAAGCUUGAUCUGUGAACUGGGGGUGUGGCUGUUGUUGGCCACUCCCCCUGCCUGUGAACAGAGUGUUGGAUGGUCUAGUGAGUGAUUGACAUGUGUCAACAGUGUGUCAUGCUAUUCUUGUGUUGAGUGUUAUGUAAAGUCAUUGUAAAUAAACAUGAUCAUCUCAGGUCAGUGAAUAUUGAAA